AUGAAGUUUGGAAUAGAAAAGCUGAAAACUAUCGAAAUUCACUCGACCGCAACAUCACGUCCUGGAUACUUUGAAGCUUGUAGCUGUUUAUCUUCUAUAUUAUUCAUGACAAGACUAGAAAUUCAUAUCAAAUGGUUAGAAAUUCUGAUACUUUUCAUUAUUGUUGUAAAUAUUUUGAAUGGGAAUGAAAUCAGUGGAACUUGA